AUGUCUUCCGUUGCCCCAGCUUCCCAAAUACAUCUCCGCACACCCCCAGAGCCUGGCAAAAAAGCCACGUCAAGAACCUACCUCAUCUACUUUGUAACGGGCAACCCUGGCCUCGUAGAAUACUACCGCACUUUUCUAACACAUCUGUACGGCCUACUGAGUCACAACACGGCAUCCGAUCGCGAUGUCGAAUUUCAGGUCUACGGAAGAAGUCUAUCUGGUUUUGAAAUGAACAAUGCCGAGAUCAAGACGAUGAAAUGGCGGAAACAGCCGCCAUACGGCUUGCAAGACCAGAUCCGGCAUUCUGAAGACGAGCUAGCGGAUUUGGUUGAAGAAGUUAAAGAGCAGGGAGCCAAGGAUGUGCGGGUAAUUCUUGUGGGACAUUCGGUGGGUGCGUACAUCUCCUUGGAGAUUAUUCGCAGGUUGAGGGCGCAUGGGAUGGCGGGAGAGGACUUUGAGACGAGGGUUGUAGGAGCGAUUGGACUGUUUCCUACGGUUGUGGAUAUUGCGAGGAGUGAGAGUGGGAUGAAAGCUUCCCCCUUCCUCAAGAACUCCAACUUUGCAACCUUUGCAGCACUUUUCGUCAACUUCCUUACUUUCCUGUUACCAAUCUCCCUCAUUGCCAACUUAAUAGCCAAAUUCAUGGAUUUCCCCUCCGACGCUGCUCAAACAACUGCGGCCUUUGUCAAAUCCCCGCACGGCAUUCACCAAGCCUUGCACAUGGCGCGCGACGAAAUGUUCCAGAUCGACACCGACAUCUGGGACGAAGAGAUCUGGGGCGCCGCCGCUUCAGAACCCGCAACCACACAUCCGCAUCCCCGGCCCAUCUUGCGCUUCUUGUUUGCGCGUCAAGACCAUUGGGUCGCAGAUGCAACGAGGGAUGCGCUGAUUCAUAGUCGUGGAAGGUUUAGCUGCGGGGAUGGUGUGGAUGAGGUUGAGGGGCAAGGCGAUAAUUGGAAACCUAUCAUGGAGAUUGAUGAGAGGGAAAGUUGGCCACAUGGAUUUUGUAUUCGCCAUGGAGUGCCCGUUGCAGAGAGGGUGGCGGGGUACGUGAGGGCGAUUGUGGCGCAGGAUAUGGCGAGGAAGUAG